AUGGCUUUUGCCGCGCGACUAGGAGAUCUGACGGCCGACCUCCUCACGUCGUUGACACAGCUGUCGUCGGAGACGUCCAAGACGGACCCCGACAGCUUCCAUGCCAAAUGCGACGGCAUCUUGCGGACAUUAAAGUCACAUCCGUACACCCGUACGAACCAGUUCGAGGUACAGCACAGUCUGGAUGGGCUCGACGAGCGUUUCCGAGUCAACAAUCGUGAUGACCUUGCCGAUGCGCUGGCGCAGAGAUUGAGAGCGUUCCAGAGUCAGCCAUCGAAAUGGCAUCCCGAAGCCCUCUCCUUCCUCUUGGAACUCUCGGAUCAACCGACAUUCAAGGCGAGACUGAGCGAUCUGGAUGCUCUGCGCCGCAGAGAGACAGAACCCAGGCGGCCACUCCGCUGGGAGGACAUCUCCAAGGAGGAUGGCUGGGAUGACGAUGAGGACGAGAACUUGUGGAAAUCGGCCUACCAAAGCAACGAAUCUACCGACGGAGACGACGACGAAGAAGCAGUCGACGAGGAAACGGAAGAUGAUGACGAUGACGGAGGUGACGUGAGUGGCCACUCGGGGCAUACGACUAUUCCAAGCGACGAGGAACUAGUCGGCAGAAGCACACAGCACUUGGUCGUUCAUACCGAAAAGCCGGCGGUGUUUAACGCAGUCCUCGAAGCGCAAAAAUGGCGAGUGACGUCCCCAUCGGAGGACCCUUUGGGACGCGUUCGUAGGAUUGCCGUUCCCGAGGUGCAGGCCAUGCGAGAAAUCCUCUUUAUGCUUCAAGGCCUCGACUGCACCCUCUUCAGUCGCCGCGGCGCUGUCGAUCCAAAGUAUCAGCUCGAGAAUAUGGCGUGGGAGACUCACGCGGCUCUGAUGGCCACCUAUGCGGACCAUGGCCGACAACUUCACAUCCUCCACCGCUUUGUCAAUCGGUCACAGUCAGUUCCGCAUCUCCAAGCGCUGCAAGACUGCAUCACCAAACGUCUGGGGGAUUUUGCCCGCAAACUGUCCAGCAUCCAGUCGCACCUGAUAUCGCCGAAUGAAGACGUGGUUGUCAGCCUCCUGGCAUUGAAUGAGGAGAUUCUGCCUUUUCUAGGCCCGCUCUUUGCUCUGGCUAGGAUCAUCGCAAUGGUAGAAGAGCGAGACAAGGCGGAAACGUUUCUGUACCUCGAGCUCUUGUUUGACGCGACAAGCAUGGCGCAGCUUGCCGGCGAGUUGGAUAUUUACCAUUAUCUCGCCCGCGUCUUCGUCGACUGUUUCGGCGUAUACCUGCGAAACAUCCGCCACUGGAUGGACGAGGGCACGCUGCUCCCUACCAACGAGCUAUUCUUCAUCACCGAAGCUUCCAGCGACCAGUCGCUGAGCGGUACCUGGCAGGAUAAGUUUGCCUUGCGCAAGAUGCCCGAUGGGAGAUUGCACGCUCCCAGCUUCCUCCAGCCAGCAGCCGAGAAAAUAUUCACUGCCGGAAAGAACACGGUAGUGUUGAGAUUGCUGGGCACAGCCGGCGCCGUCCGUUAUAGACAUGAAGAGGACGAACCGCCGCUCGACUACGAUGCCAUUUGCCCAGCGGGCUUCGAGCUUGCACCGUUUGCCGAUCUUUUCAGCACGGCCUUCGACCGAUGGAUCCAGAGCAAGUACCGCACAACCUCGGCGACGUUGAAGAAGGCCCUUGUGGGAGAUUGGGCGAUGCUGCAUACGCUGGACGCAAUGCAGACCCUCUUCCUCAUGUCGGACGGAUCCGCGGCCACGACUUUCUGCGAGAGGCUCUUCAGAUUGAUGGAUAUGAAUCCAGCGAGCUGGUCUGACAGCUACGGCUUGACGGCGGCCGGACACGAGGCCUUUUCGAGUCUUGUGGACGCCAACCGGCUAUCCAUCGGCGUCGAAGCCGCCGGCUGCGAUUUGUCGGCCUCGCAAGUGCAAUCUUCGGUCAAGAUGGCGCCGGCGAGUGUCGCAAUCAGCUAUAAGCUGCCGUGGCCUUUGCGGAUGGUGAUUACGAAGAAGAGCACGAAACAGUACCGGUCCGUGUUCACGCUUCUCCUGCAGAUACGGAGGGCCAUGUACGCAUUGCACAAGCCCAAGAUUUUGGAAAAUCUCGGGACCGACGGUGAUGGUUGGCAAGUGCGAGCGUUGUUCUACUCUUCCCGGAGCCAGCUGCUCUGGUUCUGCAACAGCUUGCAGACCUAUCUGGUGACGCUCGUCCUCGAGCCCGCCUGCUCCAAGAUGCGAGCCGAUCUGGCGGCGGCCGACGGCAUUGACGACAUGAUUGCUGCCCAUGCGGAUGCGAUGAAGCAGAUGGUGGACCAAGCCUGUCUGGGAAGCAAUCUGAAGCCUAUCCGCGAGGCGAUGCUCGAUGUGCUCGACCUGGCUAUCACGUUGGAGCACGGGCGGGCCCGAGCAUUGGAACCCGAGGAAGGGGAUGCAGGUAGGCCGUAUGGCGAGCUCUUGCGGGACAUUGAGCAGCAUUUUCAUAGGCACCUGAACCUCAUCUGCGGGGGGCUGAGACGUGUUGCGAGAGAAAGCAACAACGCACAGUCGGCAAAGUGGGAUUUCCUGGCCGACAUGCUGCAGGCCGGGAACGUAGGCGAAGCGUGA